GCAAUCCGGGGUCCCCUACAAUGCUUGCUUAGGCUAAUGGAGGUCCUGGCAUUCAGCUCUCCUGGCACCGGGAUACAGGGUAAACAUUCCCCGGUGACCCUCUGCGUGCAGGUCCCCUCUCCAAAAGCUCAUUAAAAGCCUCAGUGCACUUGUCGGCCAUCAAUUGCCCGGCGCGGGGGCUCGCAAGGUGCAGAGCGAGAGCUCGCUGCAGCUAGCCGGGAAAGGAGCCCCGUGGCGAGCAGACUUGGCCGCUCGGACUUGAAAGCGGCUGGGGAGCGCUUGGUGGCGGGCGCGUAAAGAGGAGACAAAAGCGCUCAGCAGGUAAGGGCGAGGGAGGGCUGCCAAGCAGGACCUGUCCCUGAUGGCGGUGACAGGCUGGCAGCCGCGGGGACCGCUCGCCUUGGCAUGUCCACGCGUCCCCCGCGGGCUGCCUGUCUCAUCUCAUCAGCCGCGAGGGGAGACGUGCCAGAGGCUUCCUUUGGGGGCCCGCUAAUCCCCUGAUCUCCAGGGUUAUAAAUAUUCACGCCCCGGCGCCGUGCGGCUGGGAUGGGACCAGACAAGCCCUCGGGGAAGUGAGACAUCAACCACCGGCCCCGGGAGCACCGAUGAAAGACCCCGCCGAGCCCAGUCAAUGGCGUAUCAGGACGGGCUGGUGCUGGACUUCGUGGCCGAUCUCUCCCUGGGGGCUGCGGAGUGCCACCCCCGAGGGGUGCCCAGCCUGGACCUGUACGGCUUCCCCUCCGGACCUCCGUUUGGGGAGCGAGCCCUGGCUCUCCGGCAGGGGCUGCCCCUGGUCCCGCUUGAGGAUGGCGAGCCCGAGGAAGAGGAGGAAGAGGAGGAGGAGGAGAGGAUGGGGGGCACGUCUCUGCUGGACAGACCCAAGAGAAAGCGAGUCAUCACCUAUGCCCAGCGCCAGGCGGCCAACAUCAGGGAGCGGAAGAGGAUGUUUAACCUCAACGAAGCCUUCGAUCAACUGAGGAAGAAGGUGCCCACCUUCGCCUACGAGAAGCGCCUCUCCAGAAUAGAGACCUUACGCCUGGCCAUAGUCUACAUCUCCUUCAUGACUGAGCUGUUGGACAGCUGCAACAAGAAGGAGGCGAGCUAGGGAGCCGAGGACGCAGUGGUUCUCCAUCCAGGGAGGGAGGCGGACAGCACCAUAGCCCAGGCAGGCAGGAGAAAGGACGGGGUGUGGCAAUUUAUCACAGGCACUGCUCUUGGCUGGCUGGUUAGUGCCUUGGGUCACCCAGCGGAUCCUCGGGAUGAUGGGAUAAGACCAAACCAAGGGGCACCCGGGGAGGGCGAGCAGGGAGGAGAGCACCACGCUCUGCCCAUUUAUCGAGUGGGACUUUGGAAAAGAAACGCGCGAUGGGUUUUUUUUGUUUGGCUCUUUUUGCUUCAAACGCUGCAACCUGCUGCCCGUGGGAAAGGUCUGAGCCUCCCCGCGCUGAAAGGGACCUGGUGGCUUUCAAGGGGGUUUCCCUGAAGGCGUCCGUGCCUCUCAGAGAUGAGGACUACGUGCUUUCCACAGGCCGCCGAUGCAACCUUAGCGGGGCCGGCGUCCAAGUCCCUAGUCUGUCCCUAGCCUGGCAAGUCAACCGAACGCCUCGCAUGCCAGCGGAACAGCACAAUGUGCCCCGGGCGCGGAGCUGCGAGUUGGCACCCAGGAGGGCUGGGAAAGGCAGGGGCUGGGCGAGUCCAGCGGCGCCCGAUCAUGUUGGCAAGGCCCUGAAUAAAUGCAAGAGAAAGGGGGCCGCGACCAUGAUGAGCCUGGCUGAGAGGAGGGAAGAACUUGCGGCCUGAGAGCAGAGCUCCGGGGAGCCGGCGAACACAGCAGCUGGCUGCAGGGCGGGACACAGAAGCGCGUGUCUCUGCUGGGUGAUUGGGUUAAACGCUGAAUGUGUCGUGGCAGCAAGGAGCGCCCGGUGGCGAACACCCCCCCCCCUGCUGGGCCAGACCCCGGCUGCCCAGCGGCUACCCCCGGGCCAGGCCUGCUGCUCCCUCUCUCUCUGCCUCGGCGGGUCCGCCGGGCUCCCCGCCGCCCCCGGCACGCAGCUGGCGCCGCUAGAAACCCCAGCGCCACCUCUAGUGUGUCCCCGCGGCCCGCACGGGCUAAUUGGCUUUGCCAGCCUGUCUCGCUGCCGGCGGGUGGACGCUUCCCACAGGCCCGGCGAGGGGCGGGUUUAAUUAUUUUGGCAUUAUCGAGAGUGCCGCCGAGGUCACCCGGCCCGGGGCUGGCGGCGAGAACCAGCCGCGAACGAGGAGCUGAGCAGUGAAGGGGGAAAGUCCCUUCUGAGUCCCAGCUGCCUCCGCUCCGCUAGGGGCUGCUUCCCUCGGCGACAGCUCUGGCCUUUGGCCCGCAACCUGCUCCUGGGCGCCCUCGGAGCGCAGGUCUGGCCUGCGCCUGCCGCCCUCGCAGCCGGGGCAGGGAUAGCGGUGGGGCCCGGCCCAGAGCCGGGUGAGUCACCCCGGCUGUUGCUGCAUCCAGCUUGGCUGUAUUGCUAAAAGAUCUGCCAUAGGAAUUACUGAGGGGAAAGUCUGUGGCCUGGGUCAUAUAGACGGUCAAAGCAGAAGAUCACCAGAGCCCCCAUGGCCUUGGAAUCAGUGGUUUGGGGGCCAGGGAUUAUGGGGGGGGGGAGUGAAGAUUUGAACUGUCUAAAAAAUGUUUGAUAUUUUGAAAAUUCAAAAACCUCAGCUAACCCUACUUGGGAUUUGAGCACAGAAAGCACAGACAUUUUCCAUUCCAUUUCCCCUCCCCUCUUUUUUAAAUUUCAAAAUGUUUCCAUUAAAAAAACUCCAACCAUAGGUAAUCUAAAACUAGAACAGCUAUGUCUACGUUGCAGACAAAUAUUUAUCUGUGUAUCUAUCUCUACAUGCAUUCUAGUGUCCCUGCUCCCUCUCACCUUCCUUUCUCCUGGUUUUCCUUCAGCUGAUGUGUUGUCACUUCAUCUCCAGUGAGAUCAAUAAAACGCAGGUUUAUUUACCCCCACCUUACAUCAAAAGCAUCUUAAUAAACAGUUUAGGGGUGGAAUGUGCCCUCACUGAAGUCAGAGAAAGAACUCCCUUUGAAUUAAGUGGCAUAAAUUUGCAGCAGUGCCAAUGAAGUCAAAAGAGUAUUUUUGGAUUUGUGCCAGCAUAACGGAGAUCGGACUCUGGGCCAAGUGUCUCUGAUUUAUAGACCACCAUUUUGUUAACUCUCAUAAAGAGUUAUAUUUCUUUGUGUUUAUUAUUUCCUAUUAAUAUUGCUAUUAACAUUUGCAUUGCUGGAUGCUUAUUACCUAUUUGUGCUGACCUUCCUGAUUCAGAUAUCAGUUGUUUUGCAUUAUAUCUCCUUUUUAGGUUAUUGAAAUAUCUUUUUUAAGAGACAGCAGGCUGGCUAAUGCAGCCCAAUACUCAUUGUAAAACUGCGGUAUUCCCUAUUAACAUAAUUUCUGCUAAAAUUAAACCCCUCGAUCAAUAAAUGGUCCAGAUGUGUAUUGUUGUUACUGUUGUAUAAAACAGCAAGAUGAAGACAGAUUCUUUAAGGACAAUGGAGUGUGCAAUUAGAUUUUUCUUUUUAAAACUACUUUAUAAUCUUUAUAUAACUGUGCUUUCUGGAGAAAGACUGUAUCACAAGUGUUCAUUUUUAUGUCACUGGAUGAAAUUAGGUUUCUAUAACCCAAUUUAUUUUAAGAGCUUCAAAAUGUAAACAUGUCUGUGUGAGAUAAUUCAAAAAAUUAUUGGUUUUCUUUUUUUGGCUUAAUAACUAAACAUUGGAACAUAUUCAAGAUCAAAAUUGUUUUCAUACUUGUGUUAACAGUUAGGAAAAGACAGAAAGCAAUGUUUGUGUUUUAUUAUUUAUGUACGAACCAAAAUCCUGAUCCUAUAUAAUUAAUUAUUAUUAAAGAAUUCACUGGAAAUUUUAAAGUAAUAAGUCAGAGCUAUCAUGAAAUUCCUCUUUGAGUCAUCGAUUGUGAGAAAAAAAAACACUGCUAUUGCAAUUUAUGCCAGAGGAGAAAAUGUAAAAGCAGCACAGGGCAAAUGUCAAGGAUCUCCACUGGUGCAAACUGC